AUGCUUGAAGACUACAAUAUAACCCGAUGUGUCGGAACACAUCUUCCUGACCAAAUACACUGGUCAAGUGAAGGUGGUGUUAUGUUGCUUUUCAAAAAGGAAUUACUCUACCUAAAAGCUCGAAAUCAGCCAGAUUCAGAUCCGAAAGAUAUUGGUGAAUUGGUGACAUCAUAUCGGUACUCUGGAACUUUAAUGAAUUGGGAAAAUUACCUAAUUUCCGUGUUGUGUGAUAAUGAAGCAAUCCGUAUAGGGCAAACAAAAAGUCAUGUACUUGGACAACAAAAUGACAACAAUCCGAUUGAAGUUGACUUUUCCGAAUCAGGAGUGAGCAAAUCCGGGGGACCCUUAAUCACGGUUGUUACCGACUCCCUUAAUGGAUAUUUAUUAGAGGAAAAAGAUGGGGAUUUAAAAAUGAUUUCUCUUUUAAAUAAAAGUAUUGCUGAACGGGAGACAAUAGAUAUAAAUAACGUGCUUACUAUGGACAAACUUGGAAAAUUAGAAUCCAUUCAAUUUCUUGGGUGCAUAAGAUAG